GCGGACCGUGGCCUGGGUCUCCAACAUGCCUCACCUCUCGGCAGACAUCGAGAGCUCCCACAUUGAGCGGGAGGAGUUCAAGUUGAAGGAGUACUCCAAGUCCAUGGACGAGAGUCGGCUGGACCGCGUGAAGGAGUACGAGGAGGAGAUCCACUCGCUGAAGGAGCGCCUGCACAUGUCCAACCGGAAGCUGGAGGAGUACGAGAGGCGCCUGCUGAGCCAGGAGGAGCAGACCAGCAAGAUCCUCCAGCAGUACCAGCAGCGCCUGGAGCAGAGCGAGAAGCGCCUCCGACAGCAACAGGUGGAAAAGGACUCGCAGAUCAAGAGCAUCAUCGGCAGCUUGUCCCUGCAGGCUGAUGUUAGUGGAGGAGGAGCUGCGCAGGGAUCACUCGGCCGCCCUCGACACCUCCGAAACCCGGAAGCGGCUGCUCGACGCUCAGCUGUUUACCAGGUAACUCUGUGUGGCCCCGGUUUUGUCACUUGAGGGACCAGGGCACCCCGCCAUCCGUGUGGGGCAGACCAGGAGAGGCAGCUUUCCGCCGUGGGUGCAGCAAACCCGCGUCUGAGCGGCGCUAUGGGCCCGCCGCCCUGGAACGGGAUC